CAAGCAAAAACCGAUCUCCGCGACUCCUCCAGCAAAAAAGUAGUGUUUAUGUCGAAAAGGCUCGUCAAAAAUCCCGAAUAAUCCGAGCCAUCCUUUAAUUUUAAGUUUUAAAAAUAAAAUUAAAGUGUUUUUAAACAACCAAACAAAUGGCAGAAGCUGAUAAGUUAAACAUCGAUAGUAUUAUAGCCAGAUUAUUAGAAGUGCGUGGAGCAAGACCAGGAAAAAAUGUACAAUUAACCGAAAAUGAAAUCAGAGGACUAUGCCUAAAAUCCAGAGAAAUAUUCUUAAGCCAACCUAUUUUACUUGAACUAGAGGCUCCUUUAAAAAUUUGUGGUGAUAUACAUGGUCAGUAUUAUGACCUUCUACGUCUGUUCGAAUACGGGGGCUUCCCACCAGAAUCCAACUACUUAUUCUUAGGGGACUACGUCGACCGCGGCAAGCAGUCGCUCGAGACGAUCUGCCUUUUACUCGCCUAUAAAAUUAAAUACCCAGAAAAUUUCUUCCUGUUACGUGGCAAUCACGAAUGCGCCUCCAUCAACCGCAUCUAUGGAUUCUACGAUGAAUGCAAAAGGAGGUACAACAUUAAACUUUGGAAAACUUUCACCGAUUGCUUUAACUGCCUUCCGGUGGCUGCGAUUGUCGACGAGAAGAUAUUCUGCUGUCACGGAGGGUUGAGUCCCGAUCUGCAAUCGAUGGAGCAGAUUCGACGAAUCAUGCGACCAACCGAUGUACCUGACCAGGGGCUCCUGUGCGACCUGCUGUGGUCGGACCCCGACAAGGACCAGAUGGGCUGGGGGGAGAACGACAGGGGAGUGAGCUUCACGUUUGGGGCCGAGGUCGUGGGGAAAUUCUUGCACAAGCACGACUUUGACCUCAUAUGCCGCGCUCACCAGGUCGUCGAGGACGGCUACGAGUUUUUCGCCAAGCGGCAGCUCGUCACCCUCUUCAGCGCACCGAAUUACUGUGGGGAAUUUGAUAAUGCCGGGGCGAUGAUGUCCGUGGACGAGACGUUAAUGUGUAGUUUCCAAAUACUGAAGCCGGCGGACAAGAGGAAGUUCCAGUACAACAUGAACGCGGGAAGACCGGUAACGCCACCUAGAGGUGCCACAAAUAAAAACAAAAAGAAGUGAAUUAAUUUAUUUUUAAGGUUAGGGUUAGUUUCAGCAUAAACAUAACAAUAUUUUUAUCAUUUUAAAUACUAAAAUUUAAGCGCCCUGAUGCGGAAAAAGUUAACGUUAUCGAUUAAUGUUUUUUUUUUUUUGAGAGUUGUUGAACGUUUAUUUUUCGUAGAUUAGGAUGGUAAAGUGAGUAAUAUGUCGAUUUUUAAGUUUUAUAUGUACGUUGUUAAUACACUUAUUGAAUAUUAGUAUUUAAAAUGCUAAAACUCGAGCCGUUUUAGUUUAUUUCUCGUUUGGUAUUACGAGAGAGUAAUAUCUAUUUAUUUGAAACUUAUCCAAAUUACCUGGUAUCAAGUGUAAAUAAGUAAAAUGGCUUAAGAAAUAUUUACAAAAAAUAGGCUAUAUUUAUUUUUCUUUUUGGUUUUAAUAGAAUGGAAGAGUUUUAUGUUUUAGAAAGUUUUCUUUUUUUGACGUCUGUAUAAAUAUAUUUUUAUAUAUAAUUAUUUUCAUUUGAUUUGUCAAGUGGUGUAUGAUUAAUGAAAAAUUUCAUCGUUUCACCGGAGACGUUUAAAAAAUUUACAACAAGACAUUUUUGUAAAUAUGCAUUCAUUUUCUUCUGUUGAUCUGCAUUAAUGUCAAAAUAAAAUUUUAACUAUUAUCAUUUUA